AUGGCGAACUCCCCCAACAAAGACGCUGAGAACAAUGCUGCGCUUGAGCAAAGGGAAGACGUCUCUCCUGUCGAGCAACAACCCGGCAUAGCCAAAGCUCCCGCACUGACCAGCGACCUCUUGUCGCGACAUGAGCCGACGCAUCACCGUAGCACUGCAGUUCAUGGUAACGCAGAUGAGGGUGCCAGCCAUGAUUCUCCACCAACCCGCGAAGAACACUCUAUUUCCCGCCGAGACAUCAAGGAAUACAUAGCUCUGGUAAAGAAAGAUAUCAACAUCAAGACCUACCACGAUUUCUUGAAGAGCAAGGUGGUGCCUGGUUCCUGGAUGUAUCAGAUCGGACCGGACGACAAGAUCCUCGGGUAUGGAAGUCUCAACUUGACACAGGAGGCAAAGAAAGAGGUAGAGAAUCACGAAGACACUUCCGGUAUGAUGGAAGAGCUUCCCGUGAUAUCUCUACGGGCUCUCCCGGCUGAGCAGUCACUCGAUGCAGUGCACAAGCGGUCAGAGGCGAUUGACAGAAGAGAAAAGCUCGUUUCCAGAGCUUUGACAUGGAAGAAACAGGAAAACGCCGAUGAUGCUCUGCUGAUGGAUAGUCUGUAUCCGGGGGGUUCACUCAGCCAGGCCACCGAUUUUGUGUAUCCGGAGAAUCCUGGCAGGGAUGUAUAUGUAUAUUUGAUAGACAUGGGCGUCCAGAUCAAAGUCAAGAAUCGUGACGAGGAGUCAGAGUUCACGACAGAUAACGACCUUGUACUCCAAUCCAGCGCAUCUAUCGAAAACCACCAAAGUCCAGAUUCGGAUGACAAUGUUGACAAGCCAUCGCACGGGACUUAUGUCGCGUCAAAAGCCGUGGGCAAGAAGUAUGGGCUUGCAAAAGAGGCAAAUCUUGUGUCAUCAAAAAUGUACCCCAAAUCUGGCGACUGGGAGAACAUCAUGCAUUUGAUUCUGAGAGACAUCAACAGUCACCCAGGCCGUGCUUCGCGGAGCGUGGUGACCACAUCAAUUGCCAUCGGCUUGGGCGGAAUCACACCUGAGGCAGCUAAGAACGACAAACAGAUGCAAGAACUGUACGGAGAUGAUCUCCGCACACUAUCCAAACUUGGGGUACCUUUUGUCGCAUCCGCAGGCAACGCAGCCAAGCAGCCGAACCGAAAAGAUGUUGAUCAAAUUCCAAUGGUUCUUCACGAUGACGACAUCCCUCUCAUCAUCGUCGGCGGUUGCGACGAUGAAGGUAAUCGAGCCGACUUCUCGCAAGCCGGUCCACUUGUCAGUAUCUAUGCGCUGGGUGAUCGAGUUGAUUGCCAAUCAAAGGUGGACGAGGAGCGAACAGUUGCAAGUGGCUCUUCGUUAGCCGCACCUCAGGUCGCGGGCCUCAUUGCUACAUACCUGUCCUACUCGACCAAACCUUGGGACGACAGCAAGACUGGUGUGGAGCGCGUCAAAGCCAUUCGUGAUUAUGUCACCAGUGAGCAUUCGAGCUGGGUGAGGGCUUCUGGCAGCAACAUUCGUGUGAUCUGGAACGGGGCGACAAAAGCCGACCACGGGGACGAUGACGAUGACGAUGACGAUGACGAUGAAAGCCCGAACGACUCGAGUCCAACUUCACCGAGCCCUGUGCCUUCGGCAACACCGUCACGCAAGAACAAAGCGCUUUCUAUCAUUUCCCAAAACUACAUCGAUGAUAUCUCGAACGAGAACACCUGGUUGUUCUUCAAUAGCGAUUACGGCGAGUCCUCCGAAUGUCGUCUUGACACGCAAGCCAUGAAAACUGUACCGGCAGACGGCAAUGUCGAUAACCCACCUUGGCCUGCUGGUACGUACGAGAUGGGCAACCUCAUCGACAGCAGUAGUUGCGACUAUCUCAACGAUGGAACCAAUCCUGGAUCUCUUUGGUGCCAAGAUUGGGAUGCACCACCUACAAAGCAAGGCGAACCCGCUUUGCCUAAGGACCGAGAGAUCAAGUGCAAAGCAGAGGAGGUGAGAUAUAAGAGUGGAGCUGAGGGCUGUUCAGAUUCCAUGAUGGGCAUUUAUCGUCAUGCCGUCGUUACGUGUGACUGGUAG